GAGUUUUUCCCCAAUUUCUUCUUUGUUCCAUUUCUAGGGCAUCAUGAAGACUAGGAAAAUGGCUGCUGCUGCUGCACAACAACAGGCUUGCAGAUACAGAGGAAACAUAUGCAAGAUUUUAAGUGGUGAUAAUCAUCUACAAUUUUGUGACAAACAUUACAAGUUUCACACUGAUUUUCUGAGAAACAACCCCUCGAUUCUAAAGAAGAAUCAACUUGAUCUUCUUGGGUCUGAAACUCCAGAUCUAACGAAGAAGAAGAAGGUGAAGAAGCAGAGUUCCAUCCUACCUCCAGAUGAAGAGCGGUGUUGUAGAAUUGGUGGAGGAAGAUGGAGAUGCAAGAAUUUCAGGAUGAAGAGUAGUUCCGGUACUAAAAAUUAUUGUGAAGAACAUUGCAGAUCUAUUUCUCAGCAUAAUAAGGAUCGUCUUAUGAAGAAGAAGAAGAAGAAAAGCGAAGCUGGUCUUUCUAAGAGGGUUACCGAAACUAGGGAUUCAAAUCGCAUAAAACGGCCGGCGAAACGGCAGCUGACGGGCCAACCAUCUACUAGUAAUCCUACCACCAGCUCUGAUGCAAUUGUAGGUGCUGGUUCUGUCAAAAUUGGUGCAAAGAGGAAAAGAGUUGAAAGAAUGUCAGGAGAACUAGAAUCAUUGACAGGAAUUAGGGGACCUGUGGUUGAAACUAGGGCCUCGAAACGGAGGAAGAUGGUAAUGGAAGGUGAUGAAACAAGUAAUCAACCAGCUAUAAAUGAUAACUUUGAAUCUGAUGGAAUUGUAGAAGGUGGUCCUCCCAAAAUUGGGACAAAGAGGAAAAAUGUCGAAAGAACAAAAGGGUCUGGAGAACCUGCAAUUGAAUUGGAGAGCGCGGAGCUUUAUAAAAGUAACUGUUUUGAGUUGUCUAUGGAGCUGGAGAAGAAUAAGGUGGAGCUUGAGAAGAUAAAAGUGGAGCUUGAGAAAAAUAAAGUAGAGCUUGAGAAGAAGAAAGUGGAGUGCACUGAAUUACAGGGUAAAUUAGCGGAGGUAGAAGAAACUACAAAGAGUACUGCUAAAGAUGAGAAUGCAACUGAGUUUUGGAGAAAGAGGUGUUCCGAUUUGGAGAGUCUGGUCCAGCGAAUGGAAAAUGAAAAUUCAACAAUGACAUGUGUAGAGUCACGUGUUUCUAAUCUGGGGAGCCUAGCUGCAUGGAAUGGAAAAGAAAGUUCGAUAGUGAGAUGUCAAGAAUUGAGUUGCUCUGAAAAGAUAGAGUCUGAAGUUCGGGGUUUGCAGAAUGAAAUUACUAAAACUGGUGAAAAGCAAAGAGAUGAGAACAACAUGAGCGAACCUACCACCAGCUCUGAUAGAAUUACAGAAGGUGCUUCUCCCAAUGUUUGGACAAAGAUGAAAAAUGUCGAAAGUACAAAAGGAUCUGGAGAACCUGUAAAUGAUCAGUUGGAGAGCGUGGAGCUUUACCAAAGUAAUUGUAUUGAAUUAUUUAUGGAGCCUGAGAAGAAUGAGCUGGAGCUUGAGAAGGUGAAAGCGGAGCUGGAGAAGAAUGAAGUAGAACUUGAGAAGAAUGUCAGAAGUACAAAAGGAUCUGGAGAACCUGUAAAUGAUCAGUUGCAGAGCGUGGAGCUUUACCAAAGUAACUGUAUUGAAUUAUUUAUGGAGCCUGAGAAGAAUGAGGUGGAGCUUGAGAAGGUGAAAGCGGAGCUUGAGAAGAAUGAAGUAGAGCUUUUGAAGAAUGUUGAAAGUACAAAAGGAUCUGGAGAACCUGUAAAUGAUCAGUUGGAGAGCGUGGAGCUUUACCAAAGUAACUGUAUAGAAUUAUCUAUGGAGCCUGAGAAGAAUAAGGUGGAGCUUGAGAAGGUGAAAGUGGAGCUUGAGAAGAAUGAAGUAGAGCAUGAGAAGAAUGUCGAAAGUACAAAAGGAUCUGGACAACCUGUAAAUGAUCAGUUGGAGAGCAUGGAGCUUUACAAAAGUAACUGUUUUGAAUUAUCUACGGAGCCUGAGAAGAAUAAGGUGGAGCUUGAGAAGGUGAAAGCGGAGCUUGAAAAGAAUGAAGUAGAGCUUCCGAAGAAUGAACUAGAGCGUGAGAAGAACAAGGUGGAGCUUGAGAAGAAUAAAGUAGAUCUUGAGAAGAUGAAGAAGAAGGUGGAGUGCACUGAAUUCCAGGAUAAAUUAGCUGAGGUAGAAGAAACUAGAAAGAGUAUUUCUACAGAUGAGAAUACAACUGAAUUUUGGAGAAUGGAGUGUUCCGACGCGGAGAUUCUAGUCCAAAGAUUGGAAAAUGAAAACUCAACAAUUGGAUGUGUUGAGACAUGCAUUUCUAAUUUGGCGAGCCUAGUCCCAGGGAAUGGAAAAGAAAGUUCGCUAUUGGGAUGUCAAGAACUGAGUUACUCUGAAAAGGUAGAGUCUGAAGCGCGGGGUUUGCAGAAUGAAAUUACUCAAACUGGUGAAAAGCCAAGAGACAUGAGCAAACCUAAUGCUGAAACCAGAGGUGAAGGGAGUAAGGAUUCUUGUGCAUAUGAACUGAAAACCGAAGAGAAGGUGCUGAAUGUUGAAGAAGGGAAGGAUUGGGGCUGUUUGGAAGAGAGAUCAUCAUCUCAAGCUGAUCUGGGCAUGUGUAACAAGAUUUCCGUGAACUUGGUCUCUGACUCAAAUGAUGGUGGUGACAGUCUUGGCACUGAAGAUUCUCUUGGUGACUCAAUGGAUAUGAUAGUCCCAGGGAAUGGAAAUGAAAGUUUGAUAUUGAGAUGUCAAGAAUUGAGUUACUCUGAUAAGGUAGAGUCUGAAGCGCAGGGUUUGCAAAAUGAAAUUACUCAAACUGGUGAAAACCAAGGAGAUAAAGACAUGAGCAAACCUAAUGCUGAAACUGUAGGUGAAGGGAGCAAGGAUUCUCGUGCGUAUGAACUGAAAUCCGAAGAGAAGGUGCUGAAUGUUGAAGAAGGGAAGGGUUGGGGCUGUUCGGAAGAGAGACCAUCUCAACAUGGAUCAUCAUCUCAAGCUGAUCUGGAAAUGUGUAACAAGACUUCUUUGAACUUGGUCUUUGACUCAAAUGAUGGUGGUGACAGUCUUGGCGCUGAAGAUUCUCUUGGUGACUCAAUGGAUAUGAUAGUCCCAGGGAAUGGAAAUGUAAGUUCGAUAUUGAGAUGUCAAGAAUUGAGUUGCUCUGAAAAGGUAGAGUCUGAAGCGCCGGGUUUGCAGAAUGAAAUUACUCAAACUGGUGAAAACCAAAGAGAUAAAGACAUGAGCAAACCUAAUGCUGAAACCAUAGGUGAAGGGAGCAAGGAUUCUCGUGCGUAUGAACUGAAUACCGAAGAGAAGGUGCUGAAUGUUAUAGAAGGGAAGGGUUGUGGCUGUUUGGAAGAGAGACCAUCUGAACAUGGAUCUUCAUCUCAAGCAGAUCUGGAAAUGUGUAAAAAGACUUCCGUAAACUUGGUCUCUGACUCAAAUGACGGUGGUGACAGUCUUGGCGCUGAAGAUUCUCUUGGUGACUCAAUGGAUAUGAUAGUCUCAGGGAAUGGAAAUGAAAGUUCUGAAAAGGUAGAGUCUGAAGCGCAGGGUUUGCAGAAUGAAAUAACUCAAACUGGUGAAAACCAAAGAGAUAAAGACAUGAGCAAACCUAAUGCUGAAACCAUAGGUGAAGGGAGCAAGGAUUCUCUUGCGUAUGAACUGAAAACCGGAGAGAAGGUGCUGAAUGUUGAAGAAGGGAAGGGUUGGGGACCUUGGGGCUGUUUGGAAGAGAGACCAUCUCAACAUGGAUCAUCAUCUCAAGCUGAUCUGGAAAUGUGUAAGAAUUUCUUGAACUUGGUCUCUGACUCAAAUGACGGUUGUGAUAGUCUUGGUGCCGAAGAUUCUCUUGGUGACUCAAUGGAUAUGCUGGCGAUGAAAAAUUUGAAUAUGAACAAAGACAAAUUGACUGAGGCUGAUAUGCUUUCUUCAGUUGAAGACUGUAUGAAAGCUGUUGGUGCUCUCUAUCAACAGGAAAUAUCCAAAGAUUGAAUAUAUCCCAAGGGAUUGGUCAUUGACAAUGACACACUCAGAGAUGGGUGGACCAGGAAAGUUUAGUGGUCGACUUUUCAAUAAUUGUCAGAUAAAUGAUUUGCUGCGUUCCCGAGAUUUCAUAUCUGUAGCCUGUAGGUGUCAUGUGAAUGGUGGGAGCAAGUUAUUUUCCUGCUCAUGGCUGCACGCAUACAGGGCUGGAAAGCCAACCUGCAAAAUGUGCAGUGCACAGUUAUUUUGAAGUACAAUAUGGGAAUGAGAAGAAUCAACAGUAGUAGCAUCUUUUCUUGGUUUUUCGUUUUCAUUCACUUUUGGCGUAGACUGAUACUUUCUCUUAACAGGUGUAUUCCUUUUGCCAAGUUUGUAAUGGAUGAAGCCUGCAAAGGUGAUCUCAAGAAGUCUGUUAAAGAGUUGCGGUUGAUGACUGGAAGAGGCUGGCUAGAAGCUACUGAAGCAGUUAUUCAGCAUAUACCGAAACGGAAAAUAUCUUUUUUACCUUCCAGCUACAACUGCUAAGUGGCCUUAAUUUUUUGCACUAGACAUUGCAAUUUUCAUUUCUUUUUAACCUCUAAUUUUGUACACAUGUGAAACGGAAAACUGGUUGAUAUACCCAGUAGUACGUUGGAUGUGUGUUGACUCUGCAAUGUAGCAAGUCAUAUGGAGUAUUAUGGUAGUUACCCUUUAGGUUGUUUUGAGAUGCCUACAUGGUUAAAAAACAACCCUUGUUUUGCUCAGGAAACUGAUAAUGUUAUGCAUAAAAUUAAUCUUAUUACUGAAGUUAAAGCUUGAUUACCC